AUGACCAACCAUGUCCCAGCCCCGCCGCCCACCGAGCCAGGAGGACCAUCACCAUCACCAUCACAAGAAGAAGAAGAAGAAGAAGAAGUUCUGUAUGCGAUAUGUGGCCGUCGCUCGGUCUACGAGCUGAAGCUGGUCUUGAAACGCGCCUCGAUCUUCCAGCCCGAGCUUCCGAUAAUCCACGACCGGCGGACCGGCCAGACGAAGAUCCCGACGAAGCUGAUCCGGCAGCCAACCAAGACGACGACGAUGAGCACUGGAAAGGAGGGGACGGAAGAAGAAGCUCGGCCGGUCUCGGUCGAUGAUCCGGCUCUUGUCGGCCUCCUCCCUCCGACUUUGAUCAGCUCUGCUCGCGAUCUCUUGGCCGGCUUUCAAUGGAUCAUCCCCUCCUCUUCUGUCUCCGAUCAUGACUCCCCAAAGCGCGCUCCAUCACGACCACUUCGCGCCUCAGCAUCGCCCCUGCAGCGCGUCAUCCAGACCUUCUUCGCCCCUCAACUGACACACACCUUGCUCCCUCAGCUUCCCAAAUGGGAACUCUACGACGACUUCUUGCUCUUCCAACCGAACGCCUUCCUGGCCCCCUCUUUCUCCGCCCUUCUCCCGCAGGACGAUCCGCACAUCAGGGCGACGUUCUUCGCGGCCAUUGCCGCCGAAUUCCGGGUCUCUCAUGUGGCCCGAAAAGGGUUGAUCUCGCGAGACGAUGUCUCCCGACAACCGCGUCUGGACCCCUUACAUGGGACAUUCAUCCGAUCCAUGGCUUCCACCGACGCGCGAGGGAGCCCAUCAUUCGAGGAGGUCUUCUGGACCGGCACCCGUUUCCCGACCGCCCAAGGGGCCAUCCACUACGUCUGGGCACCCAGCGAGACGAUGUACAGUCGAGGGAACAGUCCCGAGAAGCGGCGGAUAGCCGGGCUGAGCAAUGUUGCAGGCUCGGUGGUCGUGGACAUGUGCUGCGGGAUUGGCUUCUUCGCAUUCGGCUAUCUGCUCGCCGGGGCGGCCCAAGUGCUCGGCUGCGAGAUCUCGCCCUGGGCCGUCGAGGGCUUACGUCGAGGCGCAAUCCUCAACAAGGUUCCUUACGAGAUCGUCGAUCCAAACCACGACCAGCUCCCCGCCGAUCUCCUCGACUCCACCUCCGCACGGCUCGUGAUCUUCCCCGGAAUGAACGAGCUAGCCUUGCCCAUCUAUCGCCACAGGGCCACCCAUGUCAACCUCGGACUACUGCCCAGCUCGGUCCAGUUCCUCCCCCAGGCCGUCCUCGCCCUCCGCCCCCAAGGUGGCUGGAUCCAUGUCCAUGGUGAACUCGCCGUCGGUGGUGGCCCCGCCGGAAGACUACUCGGCGCUAAGCUUUGGGCCGACGAGCUCGUCCAACUCGUCCUCAGUCUCGGUCGUCAGUCCGCUAAAACUGUUGGCAUACAUUGGAUUAAAUCUAUCGGACCCGCUAAGGAACAUCUUGUCGUUGAAUUGGAGGUCGGCACCAUCAAAAAUAACUAA